AUCUUCCCGUUGGAGGAGGAGGGAGCGAGUGGAGUCAGCUGUCGAGGCUGGCGCCAGGGGAGGCCGUUGGGGCCAUUAGAGAGCGAGCGAUUUGAACCGAGUUGGGAGAGAGAGAGAGUGCGAGGCUUCGUCGUCGUCGUCGUCCGCGCCAGUCGAAGCUGAGGAUCUCGCCUUUCUCUUUUUGGGGGCGGGAGGAGUGCGCGAUCUGCAAAUCUCGUCUCGUCGGUAGGGCGAUUGGAGAGCUGGAGAAGUAGGUGCCUGCGGUUGGGUCGCUAGAGAAUGUAGGUUGGGUUUGCAGGGAAGACAUCGUCUCACGUUGGUGGAGGUUUUUUAAGAGGAGAAGGUCACGAGUUCAGAGAAUUGUGGUUGUGUGAUCGGUUGAAGAGAGAAAAUCCAGGUGCAGUCAAUCGGUGACAGACAAGAUGAGUGUUAUAGAUAUCUUGACUCGCGUGGAUGCUCUGUGCAAGAAAUAUGAUAAGUAUGACUUGGAUAAGCAAAAGGGGGAUCUGACGAACACCAAUGGCGAUCAGUUUUUGAAGCUGUACACCGUCAUCGAAGCGGACAUCCAAGCCGCACUGGAGAAAUCGAAUGAGGCACUUGGUGAGAAGAACAGAGCAGUGGCCGUGACACUCAAUGCCGAAGUGCGCCGUCAAAAGGCAGCCUUACAAAAGGAGCUACCGAAACUACAGAGACUGGCUGUGAAAAAGGUCAAGGGCCUGUCCAAGGAAGAGCUUGAAGCCCGUCCAGAUCUUGUGCUCGGUCUCGCCCAAAGGGUUGAAGAAAUUCCUGAUGGCACAGCCCUCUCUCGCCGACCAGCUAACGGUGGAUGGGCUGGAGGUCCACGAAAUGAAAUUAGGAUCGAUGUUAUGUCUCCGGAUGACACUCUGCGCCCAGAACAUUAUGCCGAAACAGAAGAAUCGAAGGGUUUCCGAAGCGAAUACGAGUAUCGCAGAGACAAGCAGGAUCAAGGUCUAGACCACAUUGCUGAUGGUCUUGCGACACUGAAAAACAUGGCUGGUGAUAUCAACGAGGAGCUGGAUAGACAGGUGCCUCUUAUUGAUGAGAUUGACACCAAGGUCGACCAGGCUUCCUCUGACUUAAGAAGUACGAACAAGAGGUUGAAAGAAGUCGUAACUCAGAUGCGUUCUAGUCGCAACUUCUGUAUCGACAUCAUAUUGCUCGCGAUUUGCCUUGGAAUAGCCGCCUAUCUAUACAAAUUAUUGGCCUGAAGUGGUACCGUUGAUGUGUGUAGGCAGACUGUAAGUAGAGGAAGUAGAUUUUGAAGCUAUUAACACAUUGUUUGCGGAGUUAUUCCCUCAAUAACAUAUCGGAGGGGAACGUCUGCCCUUACUAUCUGUAGAAUCAGUAGUUUCGGCUAUCAUAUCAGGUUAGAUUAAGUGUUUAAACCGUAGUAGUCAGCACCUGUUCAACAUGUGCAUUAUUUCCUUUUUGGAAGUGCCAUGACAAGCAGUGGACUGCAUGUCACCUGAACCUAGCUGAACAGUUUCGGACAUUCUGUACUGAAUGCGGGGUGUGCCAAGAGUCUUGCCAACGUUUCUAGAUCCUUGGAACCAUAAUAUACCUAUUGUGUAAGUAUAAUGUAAUUUUAUGACCCAUGUCAU